AUGAUUACCUUCACUGCACCACCGUCUGCCACCACCGCAUCCACGGCGGAAGAAGACAGCACCAUAACCAGUUUUUCCAGUUUGCAGACGGACAUCAUAGAAGCCCACAUCCUCCCUCGUUUAGACGGCAUCACUCUCGCCGCCACAAGCUGCUCUUCCACCACCCUCCGCCAAGUUUCCUCCCAAGAUCACUUGUGGUACAAAACAUGCCACUCCACGUGGCCUUCCACCAGGUCUCCAAGUGUCUGCCAGGUAAUCUCCACGUAUCCCGAUGGUGGGCCCCGCAAGUUUUUCUCUCACGCCUUUCCUCUCUUGGAAGAAGACCGCUCUUGCUCAAAUCUCCGACCUUCAUCACCGUUAGCACCACCGCCGUCAGAAUUGAUAUCAGCCGUUGAUAUACACUACGAAGACAAAUUAAUCUUCAGUAAAGUCCAAGAAACGGAAACCGUGACCGGGUGGUUCCGGUGCUCGCCCUUCAGGAUUGACCUGCUGGAGCCAAAAGACGUGAUACCCACACCCAUUAAACACCCGGACGGAGACGAGACGUGUAAGUACAUUUUCAACUACAUGACGCUGAGCUGGAUUUUGAUAGACCCAAUCCGACUGCAGGCAGUGAACCUCUCAUCUCACAAGCCUGUUACUGUACAGCGCCAUUGGUUGACUGGGGAAGUGCAAAUGCGAUUUGCCUCAAUCCUAGCCGUUGAUCGUGGUCACGUGCAGUGUGGGAUAGUGGUCACGUGCGCUGGUUCCGAGGAAGGGGAGAUGAUGCAAAUAAGAGAAAUAUGUUUAGAGAUUGAGGACAUGGAUGGAAUGCACAUAAAUGGGAAGGGCUGUUUGGGUAUAUUACGAAGGGCAAUGGAGGGUAAAAAGGGAAAAGGGAGAAAUAGAUUGCAAGAAGGGCAGAGGAGGUACAAAGAGUAUCUUGAAAUGAAGAAAGAGAGACAAGAGAGAAAGGUGAGGACAGAAGGGACAUUAGAUAUAUUGUGUGUGGCAUUUGGGGUAUCUUGUUUUGUAGCUUUCUGGUGUUUUAUUUUGUUCAGAUAG